AUGAGCGACCAGCACUACUCUGGCUACGGCCUCGCUCACCUCCACCACUCGGCCUCGUACCCGCCUGCGCCCCUCGCCAACUCGGCCCCGUCCUCGACCGCACUCAGCUCGUCAACCGCCACGCCCGGCACCACCCCGCUCGACAGCCACCCCCAGAGCCACGACCUCGACCACGAUGGAGAACAAGUCAGGCCCCUCCGCGCAAUGCUCGCCCGCGGUGCAGCCUGCGACACGUGCCGAGCCCGCAAGGUCAAGUGCGACGCCUCUCGCCCCUUCUGCACGCCGUGCCUCAAGUCGGCUCGCGGCAACCCGACCGUCGCCCAGGACAAGUGCCGCUACGAGGGCACGUCGGUCGCCGCCGCGCGAGAGGCGGCUGCUGCAGCGCGCGAGGCCGCAGGCGCGAACGGCGCUAAGCGCAAGAGGAAGAGCGCGGCGGCGAGUGGUGGCGGCGGCGGCGGCGGUGGCGGGUCGCAGGACGGCCUCGCAGGCGAGGCCAAGCGCAGCAGGGUCAGCAGUGCGGGGUCGGGGACGUCGGCGGCCAUGCACGGCGUGACGCAGGGCGAGUACGCCGGCGUGCCGGCGUGGGCGCACCAGCCGCCGACCGCGCAGGCGCACCUUCCCACCGCGCCCGCACCCUACGCCGCUCCGCCGCACCCGCACCAGCACUUGCAGCAGCAGCACCAGCAGCAGGCGUAUUCGCCUUCCGUCCUCACCAACCUUGCCGCCAGCCACCCGUCCGCGCCCCCUCUCGGCUACCCUCCUCCCCCGACCUCGACCCAGCCGCUCGAGUACCGCCCGCCAGCAAUCCCUGCCCCUCCCUCGUCCUACGUCGAGCCCUCGUCCGCCUCGACGACGGCGUCGGCCUCGAUCGCGCACGACGGCGCACCCGUCACCGGUCCCCCUCCUCCACUCGCGCCCGCGUCUUCGCCCGCGCCCGACACGGUCCCGCGCGAGCGCGUCGUCGACCUCGAGGACCGCAUCGCCGAGCUCGAGCGCGCUCUGCGCGCAGCCGCUGCGGCGCCACCUCCGCUGCCGCCUGCCCACCAGCAGCAGCCGCAACAGCAGGCGAGCACGUCGUGGUACAACGGCCCGAGCGCGCCUCUCGCCCACACGCGCUCGCCGAGCUUCCCCUACGCGAGCUACCUCCCGCCGCCGAGCAGCAGCGGCGGCGUGGCGGCGAGCUACCUCGGCGGCGGCGGCGCCUCGCCGUACAGCACGUCGUUCCCGCCGCCGCUGAGCAGCACGGGCGUCGGCGGGCUCGGUGGAGCAGGAGCAGGGUACGGCAUGGGCGGCGGCGGGAGCCCGUCGAUCGGCGGCAUCGGCGCCUCGUCGUUCCUGUCGAGCGAGAACCGGACGGGCGCCGCGUCGCCGCUCGGCUUCCUCGCGCCCAUCGGCGGUGGCGGUGGCGUCGGCGGGUCGCCGAGGAGCAUGGCGGGCCUCGGGCGCAGCGACCCGUCGCGGCGCUCGUUGAGCGCGCUCAGCGCCGCGGCCGUCACGGCGGGCCUGCGCGACGACGCGCCGUUCGGCGGCGGCGUGAGCAGCUGGGCGGCCGCGAGCCCGCUGUCGAGCCUGCGCGGGACCGGCGGCGGCGGCGACGUGCUCCUCGGCGCGAGCCCGAGGGCCAUGGUGAGCUCGUUGCGCGGGACGGCGCCCAUGCAGCAGCAGCAGGGGCACGGGCUCGCGCAGAGUCAGGGACAGGGGCAGACGCCGGGGAGCUCGACGGGCGAGGGCGGCGCGAGCGCAGGAGCCGGGUCGGGCGGGUCGAGCACGAGCGGGACGACGCCGGCCGGCGGGCCCUCGCCGUCCUCGGUCGUCGACAAGGCCAACAUGUCGGCGUCGUCGUUGACAAUGGACGCCGCCGCCGCCGCAGGACAUGCCGCCGCCGACGACGGCGCGUUCGAGCUCGACGAGUUCGCCCUCACGCCUGAGCUCUACGCCCUCCUCCACCCGGCGUACCCUCCCUCGCUCCCGCCCAUCGCCACCCUCCACCACCUCGUGUCGACCUUCUUCCUGCGCGCGAGCGUCCCGGCCACGAUGCUGAGCCGCGCCGGCAUCCUCACGUCGCUCGCGUACGGGCCCGCCGACCCGCGCUGGCCCGACGAGGCGCUCUUGCACGCCAUGUGCGCGUACGGCGCCCUGUACGUCUCGACGGCGAGCCUGUCCGAGGGCUUCGGCGGCGGCGGCGGCGCAGGAGGAGGAGGUGCGGGCGGCGUCGGCGGCGGCGCGCUCGGGCUCGAGCUCGGCGGCGAGGGGUACGUCAAGGGGCGGAGGAGCGCGUACUGGGAGCGCGAGGCGGACAAGAGCCCGAGGGAGUACCACUACCGCUUGGCCAAGGACUCGAUCCAGAGCAGCCUCCAGUCGGGCAAGGGCCGGCGCAAGAUGCUCCAGGUCGUCCAGGCGACGGUCCUCACGUGCUACGUCGCGUACCAGAGCGCCCAGUUCACCGACCUGUGGAUCUUUGCCGGUCUCGCGACGCGCCUGUGCACCCCGCUCGGCCUCAACCACCUCGAUCCGUGGGACUUUGCCAACGGUCGCUGCGGGCCCGAGAAGGAGGACUGGGGCGUCCGGGUCCGGUUCGUCGAGCGGCAGGACCUUCUCGAGACGCCGAGGACGGUCGAGGAGCAUUGGGAGCGGGCGACGACGUGGUGGAUGGCGUUCGCUGUUGACCGCUUCGCGAGCGCGAGCACCGACUGGAGCACGAGCAUCGACGAGCAGGACAUCACGACGCACCUUCCCUGCAUCUCGCCCUAUCCUCAUCCCUCGCUCGAGAUCGACCUCGCGACGGGCCUCAUCCCCUCGCUCAGCAUCAUGUCGCCCUCGUUCCUCGAGGACACGUCGGCGCCGACCGGGUCGCUCGGGCUCUACGUCAAGGCGUGCGUCCUCCUCGGCCGCGUCGUCAACUACCUGCAGCGCCUCCCGCGCACCAAGUGCGUCAAGCGGGGUGCGGCGUGCAGCGCCGUCAAGGCGCACAACAAGUCGCUGCCCGGCUUCAUCGAGCUCGACGUCGCCCUGUCGCGGUUCAAGGAGAGCGUCGGCCCGCGCUUGUACGACGCCGUCGGCGACGGCAUCGACGGGUUCCUCGUCUCGGCCUACUGCAUCCCGCACGCCGCGACGAUCCUCCUCCACGAGAGCUUCACGGACCGCUACGUCCGCGAGCCGACCUCGUCCCUGUCGCGCUGUCAGACGGCCGCCACGUGCAUCGUCAACGCCAUGCACGUCCUGUACGGCUCGUCGCACGACCUCGCCGGCGGCGACCCGUUCCAGCCCGUGUGCUGGUCCAUCGCUGGGCGCGCCCUCGUGCGCGACUUUGCGACGCGGCGCCUGUGGGGCGACCUCGACGAGGCCGAGGUGUCCAAGGGCCUCGCCGAGGACUGCCUCCAGUUCCACGAGGUGUGCCAGAAGGGCGGGAGCGGCAUCGCCGGCGCGCUCGCGCAGACGCUGCAGCGCCACCUCGACAACCCGGACAUGCUCCUGCCGAUGGACGGCCCGUACCCGCGAGGCUCGUGAGCAGAGGAGGCGAGGAGGCGAGUCGAGCUGGCGACGAGUCGAGGAGGCGCGCUCGAGGGCACGAGGGAGGAGCGACACGACGGUUGGCGUCGUCGAGUCAGUGUACACAUCGUGUUUCAGACCCUGCACUGUAGCUUUCCCGCGUC